AUGAAGCCAUAUGCUUGUUUCACUGUUGCCCUGCUGGGGGCAUCGGUUUCCGCAGAACAAGAAGCAUGGUCGGUUACAACAAUUUACCACACCGUUACCACAUACUUGCCGUACGAGCAGCACCGCUGCUCUGCACUCUUUCUUCCCAGGCCGGGCAACUCUCAACUUCCCGAAGCAGCAUGUCGCCCAGGAGCCUGCUGUGUGCAAGUGGUGAAGGAGAAUGACUAUAUUCAAGAGCUUGUUCCCACUGAGGGUAUUGGCAAGACAGCUCCCACUGGGAGUCCUACAACGCCCAAGACAACGGCAUUGACAGAAACCAAAACGCUGUCACAAACACCACACAAGUCCUCCCAUGGCGAAUGGGUUCCCACUCAACCUCCCAUUUCUUACACCGAGAACACUACCCCCAAGACUACAUAUAGCACUACGACGGGAACGACAGAGACUUUUCCCAGGCUAGAAACACAUGUCAGCUCAAUAUCUACGAAUGGGCUCAGGAUUCCUGACAUACCCGCGCUUUCUUCUCAGCAUGUAUCCUCACGACAGGGCUCGGGCGUGACAGCAUCACCGUCAACGCAACAGUCUACGCCAAGCUUGACUGAGAACUCCAAGGGAGCUUCAUUCUCCAAGGAACGGGGAAACGUCUCAAAUGCAACAACCUCUUCCAAGUCAGCGUUGCCGAUGAAACCAUCAAGCACAAGGGCAUGUCAGAGCUCAUUUGGGUCCUCGUCGAGCUCACCAAGGUCACACAGCUCCAUGUCGUCUAGGAAACCGGCGUCAUCACAGCUCGUGAACCCCUCACAGAGACCUAGCACUUCUGUGGCUGCCAGUUCAACCAAGGCAUCUUUACCAGGGUCAGAGAGUAACAAUCACUAUUCUAGCACCAACACACCUAGCUACUCAAAGCUACCCAAUUCGUCUCAGCGGAUCGGUUCACCGAGCCCUGCAUCACCAAAGCUGGUAUUCUCAUCCUCAGGGCCCGCGAGCAAGCUGUUUUCCAGCGUGGAACCGACCACUUCCUCCGCAUUUUCUACGGCUUCCUCCGGGCUGCGCGCGUCAAGCCACGUUUCAAAGCCUGCAAGUAGAAAGCCGUGGCCAAGCAUAGAGACAUCUGCGCCGCUGAUGAGUUUUUCCAAGGCUCACAAAAGCCGACCUUCUCAACACUGUCUGUGA